AUGACUUGUCUGAUACAGUCUCGAGGCACCCAUGUGAUGAAGUAUCGGGAGGGACAGUACAACAAAACUUUUCUCCUAACGCUUGACAACGGAUCUGAGGUGGUGGCCAAGCUGCCCAAUCCCAAUGCUGGACCAAAUGUCCUCACUACCGCCAGUGAAGUUGCAACCAUGGACUAUGUACGGAAUGUCAUAGAUAUAUCUGUUCCGCGGGUGCUGGGUUGGAGUUGUCGCCCGUCAAACCCAGUUGGGUGUGAGUACGUUAUCAUGGAAAAGGCGAGGGGGAGUGCUCUGGGCGAUGCUUGGUACAGCCUUCCCAGUGCUUCUAAACACAAAUUUAUCAAGCAGGUGGUGGACAUAGAAGCCAAAUUAGCAUCGGUAUCCUUCCCAGAACAUGGAUGCAUAUAUUAUGCACGAGAUCUGCCUAUAACCUGUCACCCGAAUCCAACCCCGCUCCAUGGAGAUGAAUUGAGAAAAUUCCGCAUUGGCCCAGUUGUCAACCCUAUCUUCUGGUCUGACGGGCGGGCCGAGAUGGAACUUUCGCGAGGCCCCUGGCAUGGGCUCUCGGAGUAUGCGACGAGUAUAGGUGACAACGAGAAGGCGUGGGCGUUGCGGCAUGCACGGCCACGUAUGAACUAUUACCGAAGCAACACUGAUCCGGAGAUGCCAAACGAGUACUUGGAGCUCAUCGAGAAAUAUCUACAAGUUGUUCCAAAUUUGACCCAGUGCGAGCCUGAUUCUGCGGGCCUUUUGCAACCGACAUUGUGGCACAUUGACCUCCAUCUCAACAACAUCUACGUCGAUCUCAACACAGAAACUAUUACUGAAAUCAUCGACUGGCAAAACACAACAGUCGCUCCUUUGCUGUUGCAAGCCAGAGUACCUCGGAUGAUACAACACAUUAGCGCACUUCCACUCGGCUGGGUGAUGCCUGAGAAACCAGAGAAUUACGAGACUCUGCCCGAGAGGGACCGUGUGAGAGCGGACAAGCUCUACGAGAGCGCCCUAUGCCAUAAGUAUUACGAGGUCCUCACUGCUAAGAGAAACCCCCAGCACUAUGCUGCCAUAACGCACAAUGAGAGCUGGAAAUCACCGGUCAUCCAGCCUAUUCAAUCUAUCACCGGGGCGUGGUCUUCAAGGGAAGUAUUCCGGCUUCGAUCAUCCUUGAUGGCGGUCGAAGAACAUUGGCCGGAGCUCCCAACUACAGCCCCGUGCCCGGUCACCUUCACCGAGGAAGAAAAGCAGUUACAGAACGAAGAGUUGGAAAACCGUGACUACAUCGAGCAAUUGAUGGCAGAGUUCCAGGAUGCGGGUAUCCUGCCCAUCGAUGGGAUUGUCGAUCCCGAGGAUUACGACAUUGUGCAGAAGACGAACCGCGCACAAAAGGAAAGAUUCAUGUCAUUAGCGGAGAACGAGGAGCAGAAAGGGUGGAUGGAUAAGAUCUGGCCCUACCAGGAUCGGCCGGAAGAAGCCUGA